UAACUACUUCUUCUACAAUAAGCAACUAAACUUUCAGGGGGAAUUGUACGGUCAGAAAGAGAAAUUACCAUAUUAUCGCAUUACAAUAACUUCAUUGUUUGUUAAAGAAGAAAAAAAGCCACAAGUACAAUAUAGUCAGUUGAUCGAGUUUCAUUGACAUAUCUCAUGUUUAAUGAUCACAAUGAGGAUAAAAACAAAACAAAACAGAAAUAUAUUCCUGAGUAUUAUUUGUACUUUAAAUCAGAAGGAGACAUUAUGUGUGGAUGAUACAAUUGGAAACUAUUGCUUUGUUAUUCACCAUGCUGAAGUAUUGAUUAAAUCUAACUUCAAUAUAUCAGUAAGAACGAUUUAUCUAGCAUCAAUUGAAUACACAUUAAUUGUGUUAGCUAUUUUUAGAACUAGAGGCAUUUAUGAUAAUGAGAUUUCAAACAGAAAAACAAUCCAUAGUGCAUAGUAAACAGUAUUGGAUUUAUCCAGCAUUAAUGAAGUCACUGUGAUGAUAUCUAAUAUAAAUUAGAGCUUCAAUCAGAACACUCUAUUCUAAUUACAUAAUGUAAGGGAUAUUUAAUUAUUUCAAGGUUCAUUCAGAGGUGAUAUUUGAAAUAGACUAACAGCUAGUGCAAUAUAAUGUUAAAAUCAAAAUGAAAGAAAGUGUACUUGGAUUACCCCCUUUUAUAAAUGGAACCUUUUCAACGGACUAUGAUUUAGAACUAAUUAGAUACCUGUAUAGUGUACCUGCUCCAGUGAUUAUAUCAAUUACAUUUUGUUUUACCAUUGUAUAUAUUGUGUUAUCUAACUAUGUGACAGACCGUCGAUCAGCAACAACUGUUCAGAAAAAUGGGAUUGUAAUAUCUAACACGUUACUGGUAUUGUGUCAAUAUCCAGUCUUUAUUUACUUCUUUGCCACAGAUGAUCUGUUAGGACCAGCCACCAUUGGUUGGUGCAAUACCUACAGAAUCAUGGGAUAUGUUCUCCCAGCCAUAUUUCACACGACCAGUUUAUGGCAGAUUAUAUUUUAUGGAAUACAGCGAUUUCAGUGUUUACAACAUCCAUUUAAAGCAUUAACAUGGUACGCCAAAAUCAACCGAUUUUUCAAGUUAACCAUUCUCAUAUUUGUUUGCUCUUUUCUUGUUCAUUGUUACAAAUUGUUUGACUUUGUCAACCAACCAGCAAACCCUUGUGAUUUUCAAUACAGAGAUGCAUUCAAUAGUAGGAAGUAUGAAGAAUUUUAUGUCUGGUUUUGUGCUAUUGUGGUGCACCUGGUUCCCUGUGUGCUUAUGUCCAUGCUAACUAUAAUUCUUGUUUAUGUUAAUAUGAAGAUGUAUUUUCAACAAAAGAAAGUCCUCAUUAACAAUCCAGAACAUUUACAAAGGAACUGGAAAUACACAUUACAAGAGGGUCAAUCUAUAGGACUUUUAAUAUUAACGUUAUGUGUAGAAUGGCCAUUGACGAUUUAUAUAUUCUCCAAUUCUACAGUGCAAGACUCAUUACUUAUUACUCCUCUGAAUUCAUUCCCUAUAUGUAUACAUUUUGCUAUGAUAGUUAGUUACUCAUUAUAUUUGCCAAUGUUUUUAAUUAUGAACCAUGAUAUGCGGUCCACAUUUUAUUUAAUAAUCUCUGAUAUUAGAAAAACACUGUGUCCGACAAGAAGACAAGAUGAGAAUGAACUUGAGAAUUUGAAUCCAAAUCAAUUUUGAGUAUUUUGUAAAUUCAAUGUUUAAAAUGUGCAAUAAACAUGAA